GAGAGGCGAUCUGCGCAUGCGCCUGCGCCAUUUGCUCCGAAGUAGAAGCCCACGUGUGUGUGUUCAGACAGUGUGUGUGCUGCGUGUGUGUUUGGGGAUCAUUAGGAAGCUGAAGCUGAAGCUGUGGACGGUGAGGUUUAGCGGUGAUGCCGAAGGUGAAGCGGGGUAAAGCGGAGCGGGCCCGGGGCCCAGGCCCUGUCUCUGUCCCUGUCUCUGUCCCUCUGGCGGAUCAGAUCCUGCAGGGAGAAGCAGCUCUCCGCUCCACACACAGAGAGAAGAAGCGCAGAGAUGAAGCUCAGGAGGAGGACGAGUAUGUGGAUGAGAAACUGUCCCGCAAAAUCCUGCAGCAGGCCCGCAUUCAGCAGGAGGAGCUGCAGGGGGAGUACGGCCUACAGAGUCCCCAUGUGGACAUGAAGAAGAAGAAAAACCAGCCUUCUGCACUGCUGGCAGGUCCGAGCAGUAAGGAUGCCGAGUCGGAUGAGGAAUGGCCUGAGCUCGGAGCGGAGGAGGUAGAAGGUGGCACAGAGGUGGAGGUCGAUGCGGAGGAUGAAAAGGCCAUCCAGAUGUUCAUGAACAAGAAUCCACCUGUCAGGCGUACUUUAGCUGACAUCAUCAUGGAGAAGAUCACAGAGAAGCAGACGGAGGUGGGAACGGUGAUGUCGGAGGUUUCGGGGCAGCCCAUGCCUCAGCUCGACCCCCGCGUUAUAGAGGUGUACAGAGGAGUCAGUAAGGUUCUGUGUAAGUACCGCAGUGGGAAACUGCCCAAAGCAUUUAAGAUCAUCCCGGCACUGUCCAACUGGGAGCAGGUCCUCUACCUCACCGAGCCCGAGACGUGGAGCGCAGCAGCGAUGUACCAGGCCACACGGAUUUUUGCGUCAAACCUGAAGGAGCGAAUGGCUCAGCGCUUCUAUAACCUCGUACUGCUGCCGCGGAUCAGAGAUGACAUCGCCGAGUACAAGAGGCUGAACUUCCACCUGUACAGCGCUCUGAAGAAAGCUCUGUUUAAACCCGGGGCCUGGUUUAAAGGAAUCCUGAUCCCGCUGUGUGAGUCGGGAACCUGCACUCUGAGGGAGGCCAUCAUCAUCGGCAGCAUCCUCACCAAGUGCUCUAUCCCUGUACUGCACUCCAGCGCCGCCAUGCUGAAACUGGCUGAAAUGGAGUACAACGGAGCAAACAGCAUCUUCCUUCGCCUGCUACUGGAUAAGAAGUACGCGCUGCCAUUCCGUGUGCUGGACGCGCUGGUCGCUCACUUCCUGUCGUUCCGGACAGAGCAGCGCGUUCUUCCUGUGCUGUGGCAUCAGAGUCUGCUCACACUGGUGCAGCGCUACAAGGCCGACUUGGCCUCCGAGCAGAAGGGGGCGCUGCUGGAGCUGCUGAAGGUCCAAACGCAUGCACAGAUAUCAGCCGAAAUCAGGCGCGAGCUUCAGAACGCAGAGGCACGAGACCAGGAGGACGCAACACCUGCCAUGACAAUGGACUGAAAAACACAGGACUCUCAAAUUAAGACUUUAAAUAAUUAGCUUCUCUCCCUGCUGGAGAGUUUAAAGGUACACUAAGCACAAAUUCCCAUUACUGCCAGGUAACAUAUUAAUAAACCUAUUUAUUACAGUGUAAUGUCAGUGAAAGGUUAAAGAUUGUAAUGGAAAAGGAAAAGUCACAUUCAGGGCAGAAAAAGAAGCGUGUCUAUUUUCACACACAGGUGAAACAUUGCUUAGUGUACCUUUAAUUCAGCAGUUUUCUGGAAUAUCUUUAUCAUCAAGUCAAAUGUAAAGGAAACACUUCCUUCACUAAAAGUGUUUGGCCACCAGUUAAUGUCGCAGUGCUUUUAUUAAGCUGCUGGCUAAUCGCUAAAAUAAACACACACGGCCUGCAUGGACAGUAAUGUCAAACUGAGAAGUGUCCUUGAAAGUUCAAGCUGAGGCCAGAUAAUAUACAGUAUACACUUCAUCUGUGACUCUCAAAAUUGUAAUAAAUAUGGACUAUAUAAACUGA